AUGGCUAUGGACUCUUCAAGCCUCCAAGUCUCCGAUGAGUUAGCCCACAUCGUCUGGGCAUCACACAUCCUGUCGUUCUUCAACUCUAACACUAUUACCGCACCGGAAGAGCCUCUACAAUCCGACCAGGAAAUAAAUGAUGACGACGCAGCGGACUUUGACAAUGACCUGAACCGGGACUUGGAAAGCAUAGAUGCUGGGCUUCUAACAGCUAGCAGCGAGGCGCUCGGUCGGAAAUUCCUCGAUUGCGUCUGUGAACUUCUAGCGCACGCCAAAGGGGGAAGUUUCGUCACAGCUGCUGCGCUCCGGGAAAAAGAAGAUGAAGUUGAAGUUGAUAUUGCUCAAAACAAUGGUCUUGACGCGGAGGACCGAACUUAUUUAGAUUUAUUGGAGCUGUUUCUUGCCUUGCAAGCUGAUGGUAUCUCGCCUCAAGUCCUCGCCGAAUCCUCCCACGAUUUUUUAGAACGGACUAUUGCUUACAGUGCAGAAAGAGUAGACAGCCAGGCUGAAGCCGUGGUUAAGCUUUUGAAAGAGUCGCCAUACCGGUCUUCACAGCAAUGGCAAUCAGGAGAACAUACUGCAAACACAUGUUUCCUUAGCUGCUGCCCCGCUGCACAAGAGCCAGUCUCCACCAAAACGCAGGCCCUCCUUCUGGAGUUCUUGAAUUUUGAUUUGUGGCGCUCAGCGUCGUCGACCGCACAGGAUCGAGAUAACCAAAGGCGUAGGAUAGUGGAGCUGGCAGCUACCACCACUCAACCACCACAGACCGCACGGGCUGCACGGGAGGCACUCGAGAGAAUGGUUCCUUCUGUUGAUCCACGUAAGAUCAUUCAAAUGUGGCGUGUUCUAGCGAGGCCAAUCACCAGUCUCCAAAUUCUCUCCCAGAUAGCGCGGCUACUUCCUAAUUUCCGGGCUGUUUCCUUCAUUUUAUUAUCACCGCCCUCCUCUUUCAAGCUCCAGAAUCGCCAAAUUCCGAGCAUUUCGCAAGCUUGGAAGCACUUAGGUCUGUCUUCCAGUUCAGAAGGGCGUAUCCUGCCUGCCCAGAUUUGUAAAAACCAUGUGUUUAAAAAGAAAUGCCGCCGCAACCUCUUCAUACAUUGUGAGAUUCAGCUUUUGACACGCUAUGAGGCACAACCGUCGCUGCGCCCGACACUGGAUUAUUUUGGUUGUAGCAAAAAAACUUGUUACCUUUGCGAGUCAUUUCUGGCCCUGUCGUCGUUAAAUUUCCGCACUCGUGGCCGACACGGAAAGUGCCAUCCUCAAUGGGCCGUCCACUCGAACGAUACCGAAAGCAUAAGACACAGGCUAAAAAGCUUGUGCGAAAUGAUAAAACAGAAGAUAAAAGCGAGACUCCAGCCACAUCAAUCCCCUCCGCCAGUUACCAUCGAUCAAUCUUCUGCUGUAUCUGUCCUAAAGACUUUGGAUUUGCUUGAAAUCACGCGGCAGAAGAAGAAUAGAGAGAUUGCUGAUAAGAAAGGUCAGGAGCUACGUGAGCAGAUGCAGAUCCUCCUAAAUCCCAGAUCCGUCGGCCCGCCGGAAGUUUGGUACUGGGACUUAAGGACGCUCUGUGUGAUGUGCCAAGCUUCAUAUACUCGCCUUUCAAAGGAUCACAGACUCGGCAUCUGGUUCCCUAAGGACACAAACCAACCAGAACUCAUCUGGGCCCCUAUAUUCUCCCCAGAAUCGGGCUUCCACUAUCCCAACUUUGACCGAUACAUUGGCCCAGAAUAUCCUAUGCUCUGGACUAUCCCAUUCGCGGCAAACACAAGAAGGGGGGUAGAGCUCGACCACUUUCUCACGAUAUAUUAUUGCGACUGGGAUCAACUCACCAAUAAAUCUGUCCGUACCGCUGUGGAGGUUUGUCAAGGCAUGACAGUCCCCCACGACGUUGAAGGCCAUUAUGUGGUGAUGAGCGGCCAGCGUGGAUCGUAUACGGGUACUCCCAACCAUACGUUCUCGGACAUGAGUCUUGCCGACUUCCGACAUGCGCUUGACUGGUUUAGCACAUAUUUUGACACAACCCUUCGUGAGACACCUAGCGGUAGUUCCGUGCUUGCUGUCAAGAUCAGCCAUCCCAUGGAGGAAACCUUACAUGGUCGGGAGCUUUUCACAUCCGUGGAUGUUUCUUGCAAUUUUCCAAGUACUAGCGACGUGUCUCCCAUAUCACAAGUUUUGGGCCUUCCUUUGAGGGUAUGCCAGCUUGAUUAUGAUGAUUUAGAGCGAGCCACCAAUUUGGUCGACGGAGUCAUCGAGAAGAGCUGGACGAACCGCUUCGCCCGAGUACUGAUGACAGAUAUUGAUCUGGAAUCUGACAAUUGGGGUAAAACCCGACGUGGCUUGGAUCUUGACGGGAGUGUCUUGCUUCUACGGGAGGAUCAGGCGGAUUUGAAUCUCACGUUGGCGAAACGCUUAAUUUGUUACUGCCUUGAUGUGCUGAAGCCUCUUUUCGAAAGGGCAAUCUUGGGGGAGAUAUCUCGUCAAGACGUCCUGGAUGAGAUAACAUCUGAAAAAUUUAGCGUCUGGAAACCGACUGAUGCUUCUACGGACGUUGGGGUUGAGCCAAGGCCGGCACGUGGAUUUGUUAGGAGGAUAGGGUCAAUAAGACGAGAGUAUGAAAAGUAG